AUGGCUUUGAAUAAUCCCAACUCACUGGGACCAUGGAAGAUCACAGUUUAUGACCAGGAGAACUUCCAAGGGAAGCGUCUGGAGUUUACCUCAGCAUGCCAGAACAUGAUGGAGUGUGGCGUGGACAACAUCCGCUCCCUGAAGGUGGAGUGUGGAGCCUGGGCAGGAUAUGAACACUCCAGCUUCUGUGGACAGCAGUUUGUGUUGGAGAGAGGAGAGUAUCCACACUGGGAGUCGUGGAGCGGCAGCAACGCCUACCACAUUGAGAGGAUGAUGUCCUUCCGCCCCAUCUGCUCUGCUAACCACAAGGAGUCCAAGAUGGUGUUGUUCGAGAAGGAGAACUUCAUGGGACGCCAGUGGGAAAUAAACGACGAUUACCCCUCUCUGCAGGCGAUGGGCUGGGGAAACAAUGAGAUUGGAUCUAUGCAAGUUCAGAGUGGCUGCUGGGUGUGCUACCAAUUUCCAGGUUACCGUGGCUACCAGUACAUCAUGGAGUGUGAUCGUCAUGGCGGCGAGUACAAACAUUACAGAGAGUGGGGCUCCCAUGCUCAGUCCUUCCAGGUGCAGUCGCUGCGUAGAAUCCAGCAAUGA